UGAUGUGGGCUUUGGGCUACUGCAUGAAUAAUAUAUGCAUGUAUAUGUCAUAUAUAUAAAGAGAAAAGGAGGAGGAGAAGAAAGAAGUCAAAAGAGAGAAAAAGAACAGAAAGCUCAGAAACAAAAACAGGAGGAAAUUAUGGCACUGGACGCUCUGUCCUCUAAUGAGCUGCUCAACUUCAUCAUCUAUGACACCAUCUCGGCUACUCCUUACAGCAGCCUUGAAUCCUCCGACGCUACCACCACUAUUAUCCCCGAUGCUCCUCCUCCUUCUAUUCUCAUUGAAACCAACCAGCCCGGACUCGACCCGCUAGGCAGUGGCGGAGCUGCAGGUGCCUGCACUAGCCCCUCCAAUAUGAGUAUGCAUUGCUUGGCCGGUGACCCGAAGCCGAAUGGCAGGAAAGCCGGCCUGGGGGCGCAGGGCCGGAAGAAGCGGCGGAGGAGGACGAGGGUGUGCAAGAACAAGGAGGAGGCGGAGACCCAGAGGAUGACCCACAUUGCCGUCGAGAGGAACCGCCGCAAGCAGAUGAACGAGCACCUAGCCGUCCUCAAGUCUCUCAUGCCGGAGUCCUAUGUCCAGAGGGGGGAUCAGGCAUCGAUUGUUGGGGGAGCAAUUGAGUUUGUGAAGGAACUGGAGCACCUCCUCCAAUCCCUAGAGGCUCAGAAGCUCCAACAGAAGUUAAUGGAAGACGAGACUCAAAGUCAAACAUCACCAGCAGCAGCAGAAGACACCAAGAUCCUCAGACCACCAUUCUCACAGUUCUUUGCCUACCCGCAAUACACUUGGUCUCAGCUUCCCAACAACCACCACAGCUGCAAGUACAGCGCCACUUCUUGUUCGUCAUCGUCGUCGAGAAGUGGCAGCAUGGACGGGAAUGGGAAUGGGAAUGGACAUGGGCAUGGCAGUGGAAUUGGAGGCGGCAUGACGGCGGCAGUAGCAGACAUCGAGGUAACGCUGAUAGAGACGCAUGCGAACCUAAGGAUCCUGUCGAGGAGUCGUCCGAGGCAACUGUCGAGGCUGGUGGCCGGGUUCCACGCCCUCCACCUCUCCAUCCUCCACCUCAAUGUCACCACCUUGCACCCCCUCGUCCUCUACUCCAUCAGUGCCAAGGAGGAGGAAGGGUGCCAACUCACUACUGUAGACGACAUAGCAGGAGCAGUUCAUCACAUGCUCAGAAUAAUUGAAGAAGGAGGAGAUGCCGUCUGUUAAAAUUCACCAAAAUGCCACCCACCUCUCAGCAAUCCCCUCUUUCUAUCUUUCUAUCUUUCUUUCUUUCUUUCUUUCUUUCUUUCUUUCUUUUUUCUUUUUCUUUUUUCCUUUUUUUGGAUAAUUUCCUUUCUCUUUUUCCUUAGGGCAGAGUUAUCAUCUUCUUUUUUUCUUUUUUUCCCUAGGUGGAUGUAACAUUUGUAACUAGGUCUAUGAUGAGUUCAGCUGUAUCUUUUUUCUCCAUAAUAUAUAAAUAUAUAUAUGUACAUAAUUUGGUCCCCCUC